UACAAAACUCCCCCCGUGAUGCAGAUUAGCUGAGCUUUCCGUCCAACGGUAAAGGAAAAACCAGGGGAGCUAGAGCUAGCUAGCCACACGUACGCACAUGAAGCUGUUCGCGUUCGUGAGGCGCGCGCGCCGGCAGGCGCCGACGUCGCCUGCGCCGGCCGCGGCGGCGCCCGAGGACGCCGCCGCCACCGCCACCGCCGAGCCCACAGAGAAGCGGCGGCGGAGGCCAUCGCGGUCGUCGUCGUCGGGGUCCGCGGCGUGGAAGCCGACGCUGGGCGCCAUCUCCGAGGACGCCGCCGUGACCGCCGCGGCGCUGGCGAAAGCGCAGGCGAAGCCGGCCGCCAAGGCCAAGGCGGCGAGGUCGCCCCGUCCCGCCACCCGGGCGGCGGCGAGCUACGACGACUUCCGGCACUACGGGCCGCCUACGGUGCUGCCGGCGUUCUCGCCGACGGCGUUCCUGUUCUGAGCUCCGGCGACCUGCGGACCACGCGACGGCGGCGGCGCGGAACCGGCGGUGGGGGUAGCUCGUGUUCGUGUGGUUGCGUGUGUGGGUGUCGGUGUGGCUCGACGGACGACGACGGCUCUGCUUUGUGCUCCCAACCUGACGCUCACAAAGCUUGUCCCUGUUCCUAGGAUGUUUGGAUGUGCAUACAACUCUGCUGUUUCAGAUUCUCCCCCACUUGGAUUGUGCUUGUGCCUUUCA